AUGAUUUCGAAAGAAAGAUUUCAAGGCGCAGUGGUCUCGAAGGAAGAGAUCAAACGGACGCUCAAGUCCGACUUUGGCCCAACUUGUCUGGCGAUUUUGACCUCCGUGCCGCAUAUCGUCGGCGGAUCAGCUCACCUGUUGUGCAAUUGUCAUAAAGAACAUCGCCAGACAUUCCUCGAUUGCGUCAUCGGAUUCUCCUCGACGGAGCAUAGAAUAACAUCGUCGCCAGACGUCCCAUCUCUAAGUUUCAGGUAUCAUUUUCGUGUAAUUUGAACUUUUUACGAUCAGAAACGUCGAAAAAUAGGAGAAAGAAAGGUGCGCGGAAAACCCGAAACGAACGAGAGGAAAUGAUAAAUAUUGUUCUUAAUAUAAUUCACUUGGCUCCUUCUACUAAAGAAUCUCUUAAAUAGUUAACAGAGAACUCAAAUUUUACACAAAACUCGGGUAAAAUUAGAAGGAACUACUUUUUUAUCAUUAAUGAUCGUUUAAGGCGAAAUUACAAAGUUAAUUUUUUUUAUGCACAGUUAUUAAAGCAUUAACAUUCCCUAUAAACUUUUGUUAGAAACAACUUUCAAGAAACGAACAAAAACAAAAAAAAAUUUUGAAUUUGUAAAAUUUUGAAAACAUUUUAGCACACACACACACGCUCGCGCAAAGGCGCACGCUUUCAUGAGAAUUUCAAAAAUUGUUUUUCUCGAUUUUUUUAAAUAUUUAUUUCUAAUGUCGUGUUCAAAGUAAUUUCCGCGAAAUGCGAAAUGGUCUCUGACCCUCCAAAAUUCAGUUAUCUUUCUCUUUCUCUUCAGUUAUCUUUCUCUUUCUCCAAAAUUCAGUUAUCUUUCUCUUUCGACGGCUAUUUUGAAUUUCGCGGAAUCACUUUGAACACGGCAUAAAUUUUGAAAUAUUUUUUCUAUUUUAUCGAAAAACUUGGUUUUUUUUUUCGAAAUUUUCCACUCCAAAGAACAGAUUUUUUCUUUUAAAAAUUAUUUCCCCUUGGAGGUAAGUUGUUCCAAUAUACGCUUUUUUCUUCUCGUUUGAAAACCGUAGCAACGAGCGCAUUCCGCGUUGAGAAAAAAAAAGAGAACGGUCAUGGAAACCGGUUUUCCUAUUACUCGGUAACAUUUUGUAACUCACCAAAGUGCCCUUUGCUGCGAUUUUACGGUUGAAAGCAAUUGGUUUUUGAGUUUUACGCCUUUUUUGGCAACACUUUUUCAGGUGAAGUCAGUUUGAGAAAUCUUUUUCGGUUUUGAAAAUUGCGAAACUACUUUGAAUAGCAGGCUUUAAAUAUAAAAACUGUGCUCUUUUGAACAAUCCCUGCGGAAAUUUUCGAACAGGUAGCAUACGAUAGAAUUAGAAAUUCUUUGAUUUUUGAUUUCCAGAACCCGACAAUCCGUCCGUAGCCAUUUAAUCACGGCUUAUCCUGUCGCACAUUAA